CUCUUACACAUUUUACACAGUCUGCUUUUCACAUUUCACAAUAUUUUGGAACCCCAUAAGCGCGUGCACUGAUACUGUUUCCGACUUUUCCCGAUCACCCAUGCUGGGUUUCUCAAUAUUGGCCAGUUCGGUUCGUGUUAUGAGAAAUCCUUUUUUUGUUGCAUAGCCUUAAGGCACCGCAUGAUCUCCAGCAGCCAGAGAGACAAUCGUGCGAACUGCUCCCACUUGAAGAUGGCGGUUGUGAUGCUGUCUGGGACUGGAGCACAGUGCUGGAUCAGCAUAGGACGCUAACUUGAUGGAUAUAAAGACAAUGUUCAGUUUUUCUUUUCUCAGUCUUCUGGACUGGACUCUUUUGGGAUUGUGUAAUUAGGGUUUACGCACACUUUCAACACCGGCUGAAACUGGCCUGAAAGUGGAGUGGUCUUUUCGGGGACGGGGAGAGCCAGACGGCUAGCCAUAGCUUGCGCAUAGCUUGCUAGCUAACACAUUGAUGGUAGUCCAGGGUGGGAGGAAAGGGGAUGAAAAUGUCGGAUACCAAGGUAAAAGUUGCAGUCAGAGUCCGACCAAUGAACCGGAGAGAAACCGAACUGCAUACGAAAUGUGUGGUGGAUAUGGAGGAUAACCAAACGGUUCUGCAUCCACCGCCUUCAAACAAUAAAGGAGAAAACAGCAGGAAACAACCCAAGGUGUUUGCCUUUGACCACUGUUUCUGGUCCAUGGAUGAGUCCAACAUGCCCAAGUAUGCUGGUCAAGAGGUGGUGUUCCAGUGCCUUGGUGAGGGAAUACUGGAAAACGCCUUUCAAGGAUACAAUGCCUGCAUUUUCGCCUACGGACAAACAGGGUCAGGGAAGUCCUUCUCCAUGAUGGGGAAUAAGAAGGCUCCAGGGCUGAUCCCCAGGCUGUGCUGCUCCCUGUUUGAGAGGAUCGGCCGGGAGGACAGCCAGGUUCUCUCCUUCAAGGUGGAGGUCUCCUACAUGGAGAUAUACAACGAGAAGGUCCGUGACCUGCUGGACCCUAAAGGGAGUCGUCAGUCUCUGAAGGUCAGAGAGCACAAGGUUCUGGGUCCGUAUGUGGACGGGCUGUCACAACUGGCGGUCACCAACUUUGAGGACAUUGAGGUGUUGAUGUCGGAGGGGAAUAAGUCGAGGACGGUGGCGGCCACCAAUAUGAAUGAGGAGAGCAGUCGUUCCCACGCCGUUUUCAGCAUCAUCGUCACACAGACACUCUACGACCUGAAAUCUGGGAACUCAGGGGAGAAGGUGAGCAAGAUGAGCCUGGUGGAUCUGGCUGGUAGUGAGCGUGUGUCUAAAACUGGAGCUGCAGGGGAGAGGCUGAAGGAGGGCAGCAACAUCAACAGGUCUCUUACCACACUGGGCUGUGUGAUCUCUGCGCUGGCGGACCAGUCUGCAGGGAAGGGGGGGAAGAAUAAGUUUGUUCCUUACAGAGACUCUGUCCUCACCUGGCUCCUCAAGGACAACCUGGGCGGAAACAGUAAGACGUGUAUGAUCGCCACGGUGAGCCCAGCAGCUGAUAACUACGAGGAGACGUUGUCCACGCUGCGUUACGCAGACCGCGCCAAGAGGAUCGUCAACCACGCCGUCGUCAAUGAAGACCCCAACGCACGGAUCAUCAGAGAGCUCCGGGAGGAAGUGGAGAAACUCAGAGUACAGCUCUCUCAAGCUGAGUCUCUAAAGGCUCCAGAGCUGAAGGAGAGGCUUCAGGAGUCAGAGAAGCUGAUCCAGGAGAUGACUGUUACUUGGGAGCAGAAACUACGCAACACAGAGGAGAUUGCUACGGAGCGUCAGCAGCAGCUAGAGAGUAUGGGGAUCUCCCUGGAGACGUCUGGGAUCAAAGUUGGAGAGGACAAGUGCUUCCUGGUCAACCUGAACGCAGACCCCGCCCUCAAUGAGCUGCUGGUUUACUACCUAAAGGAACACACGCGUGUGGGUGCAGACACCUCUCAGGACAUCCAGCUCUUCGGGAUUGGUAUCCAGUCAGAACACUGUGUGUUGGAGAUCAGCCCAGAUGGGGGGGAGGUCACCCUCACCCCUAUAGAGAAUGCCAGAACCUGUGUGAAUGGAACCAUGACUGAGUCCUUGGUCCACCUGUGGCAUGGAGACCGGAUAUUAUGGGGCAACAACCACUUCUUCAGGAUAAACCUGCCUGGGCGGAAGCGGCGUGAGCGUCUGAAGGAGCUGGAGAGGGAACGUGCGUCCCCCAGGGAGAGCUAUGUAGAGGUAGACGUAGAGACAGCCAGCGAGGCCUCCUCAGAACAGGACUACAGCUAUGAGUUCGCCCAGACAGAGGUCAUGAUGAAGACCCUGGGAAACAACGAUCCCAUGCAGAACGUGGUCCAGGUGCUAGAGAAGCAGUACCUGGAGGAGAAACGCACGGCGCUGGAGGAACAGAGGAUGAUGUACGAGAGAGAGCUGGAGUCACUACGGCAACAGCUGUCUCCUGAGAGGACCAAUCAGCACCAGCGAUCCAGCAGCGACCGCCUCACCUUCCCCACACACACACCAUCACACCACAGCAAGAUACGCCCCUGGACUGAGGAGAGGGACGAGCUGUUUCGUCAGAGUCUGUCCAGGCUGAGGGAGCAGGUUGUCAAGGCCAACACCCUGGUGAGAGAGGCCAACUUCCUGGCCAAGGAGAUGAACAAACUGACUGACUACCAGGUCACCCUACAGAUCCCUGCAGCUAACCUCAGCGCCAACCGCAAGCGUGGAGCCAUAGUGAGUGAACCAGCCAUCCAGGUCAGGUGGAAAGGGAAGGGGACACAGGUGUGGACCAUCGAGAAGCUGGAGAACAAACUAGUGGACAUGAGAGACCACUACAGAGACUGGAAGGAGGGAGCUGAGGACACGCAUACCAAGCUGAUCAACCACAAGCAGCACAGUGAGUCCUUCUAUGAAGCUCAGGAGAACCACAACCUGAUAGGAGUGGCCAACGUCUUUCUGGAGUGUCUUUUCCACGAUAUCAGACUACAGUACGCUGUUCCUAUCAUCAGCCAGCAGGGGGAGGUAGCCGGCAGGCUCCACGUAGAGCUGAUGCGUGUCAGCGGGGCGGUGCCGGAGCGGCUGGAGGGGGGAGAUGACUCGUCAGAGAACUCCAGUGAGAGCAGCAUCUACGAUGUGAUGGACAGUCAGGGAGAGAUGGUCCACAUGGCCAGGAAACUCACCUGCAGGGUGCGUAUCAGGGAGGCCACGGGGCUGCCUCUCAACCUGUCCAACUUCGUCUUCUGCCAGUACACCUUCUGGGAGGGGGCAGAGCCUACGGUGGCCCCGCCCAUGGUCAGCCCAGACACGCCCACCACGCCCCGCUCCCCCGACGCCCAGUUCACCGUCCGCUUCGACCACUGCAAGGAGUAUGUGGUCCAUGUGACAGAGGAGUUUUUAGAGUUCAUCGCAGACGGGGCGCUGGCCAUUGAGGUGUGGGGUCACCGCUGUGCCGGGAACGGGCGCUCUCUCUGGGAGCUGGACGCUCUGCUGGCCAAGACACGCACACUACGAGACAGGUGGAGUGAGGUGUCUCGUCGUAUUGAGCUGUGGGUUUCUAUCCAGGAGCUGAAUGAGCAGGGGGACUACUCUGAUGUAGAGAUGCAGCCUGGGAAGGACAUCGGUACUGGAGGAGUGUUCCAGCUCAGACAGGGUCACUCGCGCAGGCUGCAGGUGUGUGUGAAGCAGGUGCAGGACUCUGGGACUCUGCCUCUGCUGGUGGAGGCUGUUCUGUCUGUCUCUAUCGGCUGUGUGUCAGCACGCUCCACCAAGCUACAGAGAGCACUGGACAGCUACCAGAGGGAGGAGGAGGAUGGAGAUAUGGAUAGUUAUCAGGAGGAGGACCUGAACUGUGUGAGGGACCGCUGGUCUGAGGCCCUCAUCAAACGACGAGAGUACCUGGACGAGCAGAUCAACAAGAUCAUCAACAAACAGGAGAAGUCAGAGGAGGACAUGGAGAGGGAGGCCCGGCUGGUGGAGCAGUGGGUAGGGCUGACCGAGGAAAGGAACGCUGUACUGGUGCCCGCUCCUGGCAGUGGCAUACCUGGUGCCCCUGCCCACUGGGCUCCCUCUGCUGGGAUGGAAGCUCACAUCCCUGUCCUCUUCCUGGACUUGAAUGCAGACAACCUGACAGUGAAUCAACAGUUAACGGGACCCAACGCUGCCGGGGUUAACUCUAUCCUGCCCAAGGAGCACGGCAGCCAGUUUUUCUACCUGCCAAUCAUCAGACACAGUGAUGACGAGGUGUCAGUGGUGUGCUCCUGGGACUCAUCCAUCCACGACUCUGUGCACCUAAACCGCGUGACGUCACCCAACGAGCGUAUCUACGUGAUCAUUAAAGCCACGGUGCAGCUCAGCCAUCCUGCCUCCAUGGAACUGGUGGUCCGCAAGAGGAUCGCUGUCAACAUCUACAACAAACAGAGCUUCACCCAGAGUCUGAAGAGACGGAUGUCCUUGAAGAACACACUGUACUCCUGUGGAGUCACCUAUGAGAUCCUGUCAAAUAUACCAAAGGCGUCUGAGGAGCCUGAGGAGAGAGAGACUCUGGCCCUGAUGGCAGCGAGGGCAGACGGUGAGGAGAGUCAGGAUGGACAGACCUACAUAGAGCAAUACACCAGAGGACUUCUGGAGGUGGAGAAUAUACUGAGCCUGGAGAGACUCAGACAGGCGGUGACGGUGAAGGAAGCUCUGUCUGUUAAAGGGAGAAACAUCAGAAGGAGCUUCAGCACCCCCAACGUACAGCACACUUCCUGCAGCAUAACAGAUCUGAUUGGCUGGGAGGAUGGAGACUGGAAGGACCAUUGUGACCUUCAUCAGGAUGUCUCUGACUGCGCUCCCCAGGACGGUGGUUCUCUGUGUGGGACGCCACUCAGAAACAAGACAGAGAAUCACGGUCUGGUACCAGAGAGCCCCACCUUCUUCAACUCCAGUCCGUUCAAGGCCCUCUCUCCCCAGACGCCCAAGUUCCUCAAGUCUCUGCUGCCGGUCAGAGAGGAGAGCAAGACCAAGAGAGUCCUGGAGGCACGACCACUACUGGGACAGGAGAGCAUGCGCUCCUCAUGUGUGGACAGCUCCGUGCUGCUCCCCCCUCCCUGCCACGGCCAUGCCCCCUGGCGCAGGCCCAGAGCGGGCAGCGAGGGCCACCGCAGCCCCUCCACCACCACCCUCACCCCCUCCACCCUCACCCUCAAUACCUGCACCAGCAGGCAGCUCAGCCUCACACUGCCACACACCGCUGACUCUGAGGAGGAGACAGACAUGGCCCUGAGUUUGGGUCUGGGCCCUCAGGACUUCCACAGCUUCCAGUCCUACAUCCCAGAGGACUUUGCCAACUUUGAGGUGUACAACGCUGCCCUGGAGAGCCAGGAGGGGGGGGUGGGUGUGGCGGGAGGCAGGGGAGAGCUGAGGAGGGGUCGGGGAGGUGGUGGAGGGGGGGAAAGAGAGGGGGCUCCACGGAGCCCCACUGCCAGCAGCUGCACCAGCGGUUACUUCUCCCACAGUGCCUCGGACGCCACGCUCUCUGACGUGCCAUUCGGCGCCAGCGACAGCUCCGACCAGCUCAGCGCCUCCGCAAUGGCUCAAGACAGAAAUGACCCUGACCAGGAAACCCACAACCUCCACCCCCACGAGUCCCCCUCCUUCCACUGCACCAGCACGGGCCGAGGCUGCGCCCAGACCAGAAGUGCCUCGCCGUGGGGUGACACCCAGACCCCUGCGUGUCCCCCUGGCGUCCCCUCCCAGCUCCUCCACAACCCCCAAACCACCUCCUCCCCUGUCAGUAUUCCUAACUGCUCAGAGCAGCCACCCUCCCCGCGGCCCCGCAGGUGUGUCCUCAGCGUCAGCCAGGAGUUUACAGACUUCAAGGGGGCCGACGACGGCAUGGGGGAUCUGGGUGAGCUGGGACACUUCCAGCCUGGGGAUACACCACACAUAUCCCCUGUCCCAGCGGAGGAGGAGAAAGAGGGCUCUGGCAGCAGGCACCAGACCUCUGACAAAGACCUCAUCAACACACAACCACAACAACAUACAUCUGACACCGGUACCGCCCGGCUCCCUCAGCCCCACUCACACCUCCACAACGGCAAACAGUGUGUCGGCAGCAUAGCCGUGCCCUGCCCACCCCCCUCCAACCCCCCAGGCCAGCUAGCAGGAGAAGAGCCCCAGAUCCAGGAGCCAAUCCAGGGAGACCUACCUCCAGGGAGCCCCUGUCCCAGCCCAAGCAGCACUGAGGCCUCUGGGGACUCCUGCAGCGGGGACGAAGGCUCUGGCUCUGGUUCUCCGGUGGCCCAGCUGCCUGACUGGAUGGCUCCCGGGGAGCAGGUAUGGGUGGGGAAGAGGAGUGGCACGGUGCACUACGUCGGCGGGGUGGAGUUCGCCAAGGGGAUCUGGGUCGGGGUGCAGCUGGACCUGGCUGUGGGCAAGCACAACGGGACAGUCCAGGGGAGGGUUUACUUCCGCUGUCCUCCAGGCCACGGGGAGUUCGUCAAGCCCUCCUGUCUCACUAGAGGACCACCCUCCAUGGACACCACAGACCCCCAGCCCCUGGUCCGAUAAAAUUCACUAAACUCCCCGAAUUCCAAGUCUUUCCAGGAAUCCCGGUUGGAAUAUUCCCAGAAUCCGGAGGGAAUAAGAAGGAACUCCAGAAUCCUCAAACAGCAUUUCUGUAAAACCUGGGAAUUUGGGGAAAGUGACUUUCCACCCAGGACUAUCAUCUACAGGGGGUCCCCAGAUCCACAACAGUUCCUACUCGACCAGGCCCAAAUCCACAACAGUUCCUACUAGACCAGGCCAAGAUCUAGAACAGUUUCUACUAGACCAGGCCCAGAUCUAGAACAGUUCCUACUAGACCAGGCCAAGAUCUAGAAAAGUUUCUACUAGACCAGAUCCAGAACAGUUCCUACUAGACCAGGCCCAGAUCCAGAACAGUUCCUACUAGACCAGGCCCAGAUCCACAACAGUUCCUACUAGACCAGAUCCAGAACAGUUCCUACUACACCAGAUCCAGAACAGUUCCUACUCGACCAGGCCCAGAUCCAGAACAGUUCCUACUCGACCAGGCCCAGAUCCAGAACAGUUCCUACUAGACCAGGCCCAGAUCCACAACAGUUCCUACUAGACCAGGCCCAGAUCCAGAACAGUUCCUUCUCGACCAGGCCCAGAUCCAGAACAGUUCCUACUACACCAGGCCCAGAUCCAGAACAGUUCCUACUACACCAGGCCCAGAUCCAGAACAGUUCCUACUAGACCAGGCCCAGAUCCACAACAGUUCCUACUAGACCAGGCCCAGAUCCACAACAGUUCCUACUAUACCAGGGGCAGAUCCAGAACAGUUCCUACUAGACCAGGCCCAGAUCCACAACAGUUCCUACUAGACCAGGCCAAGAUCCACAACAGUUCCUACUAGACCAGGCCCAGAUCCAGAACAGUUCCUACUAGACCAGGCCCAGAUCCAGAACAGUUCCUACUAGACCAGGCCCAGAUCCAGAACAGUUCCUACUAGACCAGGCCCAGAUCCAGAACAGUUCCUACUACACCAGGGACAGCUGUCAGCGCUCAACAGCUGAGCCCCAUUAACCAGCUCUUCUUCUCUCAUUCUCACCCUCCCUCUGUUCCACUAGACAUCCAAUCACGUGUUCUGUCUGUCGGUAUAAACGUCUGCUUUCCCUUUAACAUAUCUGUCCCGUGCGUUUUAUGAAGGCAUAUCAUCGUUCAAUAUCGUUGUUCACUGAAAGUCAAACGCACACAUCCAAGUUUUCUGCUGUGUUAUUUUAGCUAGAGAGCGUGUAGAUGGAUAGACAUGACCCACACGUGUUUAUCUAACCGUAGUAUCAUUGAAUCAGCUCAGCAGCUCAUAUUCCUGUUGAAACACCAGAUCUCCUUGUAGUGGUCACAGACAGUUGUCAUCUGGGGUGUGUGGAUCCAGAAUGUUCUAGUGUUGAUAACUCACUGAUAUCCGGAUUGGUUAUCCAAGUCACUGUGAUAUGUCGUCAGGGGUAACCAAAGAACUAAGGUUUCAUAUCUGCUGUUUUAACUGAUAUCUUAUGUUGUGUGUGUGUGUGUGUGUGUGUGUACAUAUUAUAUGUGUGUCAAAGUAAACAUAGUGCCUAGGCCACGAGUCCUCCUGAACUUUUGGGCCGUCUGCAAACAAAUAAUGAAUUGAAGAUGAAUGAUGAAUUUGAAGAUGUACAGUACGUAUGAGUGUGGUUGCUAUGUUGCCCAUGUAGGCUUCAUUAGCCUGUUGUUGUUGUACUGUAACACUGUGGAAUGACAGAUAACCCCCCCACUGAAACUAUUGGGACUGUUGCCAUUGCUGACUGACUCAUUCAUGUUUCUUGCACUGGAGUGGAUCAACCCUCGCAGAGUUCCUCACACAAGACUUCUGUCUUCCAUUCAGGACAACAUGAAACGUAUGCUGUCCUAUCUGUGCGUGUUUCUCACUUUCUCGUCUGUCCUACAUUGUGCCUCUCAAGCGGGUGGAAACGGAGGUGUCCAUGUUGGAUCUAAAAUGUGUCAACUAUCUGAAAGAAGCGACGAGGCUUCCUCUGGGUCGUAUUCACUAGGCACAAAAUGGAAGAAAACGGACUGAUAAGGGGAAGGAGUACGUGAACUUGUCCAAUAAGAAACUCUUGUUUUUGUUUUGCGAAACAUUUUCCGUUGCAGAACGUUUUGCUACGGUGUACACUAAUGAAUAUGACCCCGGUUGUGAGGCUAACCUCACUGAGUAUACAAAACAUUAUGAACACAUGCUCUUUCCAUGUGAUAGACUGAGCAGGUAAAUCCAGGUGACAGCAAUCCCUUUUUGAUGUCACUUGUUAAAUCCACUUGUAGAUGAAGGGGAGGAGACAGGUUAAAGAAGGAUUUUUAAGCCUUGAGACAUGGAUUGUGUAUGUGUGCCAUUCAGAGGGUGAAUGGGCAAGACAAAAGAUUUAAGUGCCUUUGAACGGGGGUAUGGUAGUAGGUGCUAGGGGUACCGGUUUGUGUCAAGAACUGCAACGCUGCUGGGUUUUUCACACGCAACAGUUUCCUGUGUGUAUCAAGAACGUUCCACCAACCAAAGGACAUCCAGCCAACUUGACACAACAGUGGGAAGCAUUGGAGUCAACAUGGGCCAGCCUCCCUGUGGAACGCUUUCAACACCUUGUAGAGUCCAUGACCUGAGAAUGUAGGCUGUUCUGAGGGCAAAGGGGGUGCAACUCAAUAUUAGGAAGGUGUUCUUAAUGUUUGGUAUAGUCAGUGUAUACUAUAAUGCAUUGUGCCUCUCAAGGGGUUGGAAACUGAGGCUAGACUGGGCCUGACUGAAGGCUGGCUGGCCUGAUGCAUUAUGACCUGAAGCUCACAGGCAUUUACAAUGCUCUCCACCAAUACCCUGGACUGUAACUGUUAGGUUGAAUGCCCUCCUCCAAUCCCCUGGACUGUUACUGUUAGGUUGAAUGCCCUCCUCCAAUCCCCUGGACUGUUACUGUUAGGUUGAAUGCCCUCCUCCAAUCCCCUGGACUGUAACUGUUAGGUUGAAUGCCCUCCUCCAAUCCCCUGGACUGUUACUGUUAGGUUGAAUGCCCUCCUCCAAUCCCCAGGACUGUUACUGUUAGGUUGAAUGCCCUCCUCCAAUCCCCUGGACUGUAACUGUUAGGUUGAAUGCCCUCCUCCAAUCCCCUGGACUGUUACUGUUAGGUUGAAUGCUCUCCUCCAAUCCCCUGGACUGUUACUGUUAGGUUGA